AUGGGCUCGACUGUGCCGCCCUUCACCCCGCACGCGAUCUCCGUUUCUCUGCCCACCUGGAGGGACAACGUUGACUACGAAGAAGGCGCGAAGAGAGUCACUGAUGCUAUGGUCACUGGUUAUCCUCGGUUCUUCAUCCACAAGAGCAUUCAGAAGCUAGCCUCAAUAUGUGAGCAGAAGUUCGGAGUGAACGGCGAAAAGUCCUUGCUUUGCGCUACACGCCAGAAUGCCAACUACUGCAGGACGUUCAUGGUCGACCAGAGCACGAAGAUCCAGGGAUCCCCCGUCACCGUCCGCCUCGUCCAGUUCUCGAUCCAGGCUGAAGACCAAGCGCAAAAUGUCGCAUCCUCAUCCACCCCCCAGUCAAUCGAUUUGCACAUCGUCCUCUUUCCCGCGGAUGCGUGGUCAUUCGCCAAGGCUUUCUGGCAGCACACCGGCAUGGGCGUCUCUAGCAGACUGGCGGACCGCUGCCUGACCAUACUCGCCGCCAACGAGAGCGUACGCUCGCCCCCGACGUCGCCCACCGUUCCUCGCCCACCAUUCAAAGCCAGUAACAGGCAUUACUCUACCAAACCAUCGCUCGCGCCUACGCCAUCCCCUCCCGCAACUCAGACAAAAGCCGAUGAAGCGUUUACCGGCGACGAGGUCACCUACCUUGAGGAGCGCUACGGACGCAACAUGCCCUUGUCCUACGCGGCAGCUGCGAAGCGAGCCCUCCGCCGUCGUAUAGCAGGCGUCCUAGUGGACGACAGAAUACACGAGUCUCCCAGUGGUCCUUAUGCUGGCGGAGAUGAUGUUCAGCUGGGACCUAGUACCCGUGGCAUCAAGAACAUCUCGGAGGACGACGUAUUUCUCUUUCCAACUGGUAUGACGGCUAUAUGGCAUGCGCAUCAGCUCGCGUUGGCCACAGGGCCUUCCGCCAAGAGCGUGUGUUUUGGGUUCCCGUAUACGGAUACGCUGAAGAUCCUCCAGAAGUGGGGUCCUGGCUGCCACUUUUACGGCCAUGGGCUCGACUCGGACCUGGACGACCUCGAGAAGCUACUCGAACAGGAGUCAGCGCAAACCUCGAAUCCCGUGCUCUCAAUGUUCACUGAGUUCCCGUCAAAUCCUCUGUUGCGGUCGGCGGAUCUCCCCCGUAUUCGUGCUCUCGCCGACAAGUACAACUUCCUCCUUGUCGUGGACGAGACCAUAGGAAACUUUGUGAACGUUGAGGUGUUGCGGUAUGCAGACAUCGUCGUGAGUAGUCUAUCGAAGGUUUUCAGCGGCGACGCGAACGUCAUGGGCGGCAGUCUGGUCUUGAACCCGCAAGGGCCGCACUACACUAAACUGAAAGCCCACGCGACAUCGCACUUCGAGGAUUUCUACUUCGACGAAGAUGCGAUCUUCAUGGAACGCAAUUCCCGCAACUUCAGGCAGCGUAUUCACGCCAUCGAUAAAAACACGGAGGCCGUCUGCGAUUUCCUGCGCUCGCGAUCCGUGGCCGGAGGGGUCCCCACCGCGGCGAUAAAGGACGUGUUCUAUCCCAAAUGGUCCACGCCGGAGCACUACGAACGCUGCCGUAUCAAAGGUUACGUAGACGACGACGGGAACAAGCGCGACGGCGGCUACGGCGGUUUGUUCUCUCUCACGUUUGCGUCUAUCGAGGCCUCUAGGGCGUUCUUCGACAACCUGGCGGUGUUCAAGGGCCCCAGCCUCGGGACGAACUUCACGCUCGCGUGCCCGUACACCGUGCUCGCGCACUACGCGGAGAUGGACUGGGCGCUGCAGUUCGGGGUGGAGGAGGGGUUGGUGCGCGUUAGCGUCGGACUGGAGGAUACGGAGGAAUUGUUGGGCAAGUUCCAGGCUGCCCUAGUUGCGGCCGAAGCUGUUCGUACCUGA